AUGGCUGUUGAAGCUCGGCAUCUCAAUCUCUUCCCUUCCCAGCUCAUACCCAACAGGGAAAUGAUGAACCCAAUACAAGGAAACACAAAUCUGUACAGUGCCCAGAUUGGGUACGGGGUGCCAUUAUCAACUGGAGGGGUGGCUACAGAGGCUCUGCUGCCGACCUACAACUCUGUGAUCACGGAUUCGAUAAUGCCUCCGAAGACCUCAACAACCGCAGCCAUGAAAUCCGAUAGCGGCCUCACCUACAACGUCCCUAUUAGUCUACCAAGAAAGCGGUCCAGAGACUCCAUUAACAACAUCAGCCCUCCCUUCUCAUAUCCAACUGCUCCGGCUAAUUACAAGAACUCAUGCGGGCCUUUCUCUUUUCUCGGCGAGGACAUUUCUCUGCGCAUACAGCAAGAGCAAUUCGACAUCGACCGUCUCAUUUCUCAACAUAUGGAAAAGGUGAGAUUGGAGGUUGAGGAGAAGAGGAAGAGGCAAGCAAGGAGAAUAAUGGAGGCCAUAGAGGUUGGGAUGGCGAAGAGGCUCAGAGCCAAAGAGGAAGAGAUUGAGAAAAUCGGGAAACUGAAUUGGGCUCUGGAAGAGAAGGUCAAGUCUCUGUGCCUAGAGAAUCAAAUAUGGCGCGACCUGGCUCAGACCAACGAGGCCACCGCCAAUGCUCUCCGCACCAACCUAGAACAGGUCCUGGCUCAUCAUCAGGUCAAGGAAGAACACCAAAAUGACGCCGUCGCUCUCAUGGACGACGCGCAGUCGUGCUGCGGAAGCUGCGGCGGAGACGAGGGUCAAAACGACGGCGUCGUGGGUUUAGACGGGUGGCGCACGGUGAAGGGUACUACUAGUACUACUGAGGGUCACCGCGGGGAGGAAGGUACAAGCGGGCGAUGCGGGUCGAAUACAAGUAGGUGGUGCAGGAAUUGCGGGAAGGAAGAGGCCUGCGUUUUGCUUUUGCCGUGUAGGCACCUUUGCUUGUGUACGGUAUGCGGAUCAUCGCUCCACACUUGCCCCAUCUGUAAAUCCACCAAGAACGCUAGUGUGCAUGUGAACAUGGCUUAG